ACUCGGCUAUAAGAGUGAUGGGUGACUUUUGUCGGAUUCAUUGAUACUUGGGGACAUUUAGUUCUACAUUUAUUAACAACACAAAUCGAUAUUACCAUAGGCGCUGGCGUCCGUGGCUAGGCACUGUAGUGAGACUGAUACAGCUUGGCUCUACUAUCACCAAUAACUACCUCGACAAGGUGGCAACGCGGUCAUGACUGGGACCGAACACCCGGCGGAUAGAGGCAGGUCCUGGACAGAAGUCGCCGCCGCAAAACGAGCGGUUCGAGAUGCGCAACUCCGAAAACAUGGGUCGACGAACGAGGUCUCGGUCUCGUCCUCGGCCAGACUGGGCGCUGACGCGGUCGACAUCGAAACCUUGAUGGACCUCCUGCGAUCGGGACAAGUCUCGGCCGAGGAACUGAUUCGUGCCUACAUUGGACGGGCCUGCGAGGCGCAGAGAAAGACGAAUUGCCUGACAGAAACGUGCUUCGACGACGCCAUCAGGCGAGCUCGGGAGCUCGACGAGUUCCGGCAGACGCAUGGCCGCUUGAUAGGUCCUCUGCACGGCGUACCCAUAUCGGUGAAGGACCAGGUCGACGUCAAAGGACUAGCCUCGACAUUGGGCUACGUCGCCAACGCCUUCACUCGGGCGAAAGAAGACGCACCGCUGGUGCAUACACUGAAGCAGCUCGGAGCAAUCAUAAUCACCAAGACAAAUGUUCCACAGAGUAUCAUGUGGUGCGAAACCAACAAUCCGCUCUGGGGCCUGACCACGCACCCGGCCAACCCGAAUCUCACCCCCGGGGGCUCCUCGGGCGGAGAGGCAGCUUUGCUUGCCCUCGGCGGCUCGUUGAUCGGUUGGGGAACGGACAUUGGAGGCUCGAUCCGCAUACCGAGCCACAUGAAUGGGCUGUGGGGCUUGAAACCCAGUAGCAGACGCUUGUCGUACCGGGGCGUGGUGAACUCCAUGGAGGGCCAGCAGUACGUGCCGUCGGCCAUCGGCCCCAUGGCGAGGUCCUUGAGCUCCCUCACCGCCGUGACCAAGCUGGUGAUCGAAGCCGCGCCCUCGACGACAGACCCCCAGGUCCCGCCGCUCCCUUGGAGAGACGACAUAUUCCGAGAGUCGUCCUCGAGGCCGCUCGUCAUCGGCACGAUGCUGGACGACGGCGUGGUCAAGGUACACCCGCCUAUCGAGCGGGUGUUCCGUGAGCUUGUCGCAAAACUGCAGGCUGCCGGCCAUGAACUUAUGGAGUGGGACGCGAGCUUGAACGAGGAAUGCAUUGAAAUCCUGCACGAAUGCUAUUCGGCCGAUGGGGGCGAGGACAUCCGGAACGCCGUCGCCGAGGGCGGCGAGCCGUUCAUGUCGGGAGUCCAAGAGUUCGUCGACCUGGGCCCCGCGAUCCCGGUCUACCAAUACUGGCAGCUCAACAAGAGGAAGGUCGCCAUCCAGCAGUCCUACCACGACAUGUGGGACGGCGCCAGGUCGCCGUCCGGACGGCCGGUCGACGUGUUGCUGGUUCCUACCAUGCCGCACACGGCCGUGCCCCACGGAUCGUGCCGCUGGCUCGGGUACACGAAGCUGUUCAACCUUCUCGACUACACGGCCUUGGCCUUCCCAGCCGGCAAGGCCAGCCGGGUUCUGGACGGGAGCCCCCCUCCGCACCACACCCCACGCAACGCCCACGACGCUUGGAACUGGGGCCUCUAUGACCCUGUGGCAAUGGACGGCCUCCCUGUCGGGUUGCAGCUUGUCGGGCGCCGGUUCGAGGAGGAGAAGGUACUAGGGGCGGCUCAACAGAUCCGACGGCUGUUGUAAGCCCAUCUGGGGAUGAAAUGCUGCUGCUUCUUCAUGCGAGGCACCAUCCUCAUGUCUUAGUAUUUCUAUUUCGCUUUAUUACCCACGUAAUAGUACGUACUUGGAAAAUUUCACAAGCUUCUCUAGCGGCU